CAAAAAUAGACACAGAAACAACUACGUAUUUAGUUUAAUGCAAUUAUGCUUUAUUAAUUAACAAAUAUUUAUCCUAAGUUUCUUGAAUCAUGUUUUACAGGAAAUUAUUAUUUUUACUAGUUUAUAUUGUAUGUGUUGUUCGUCCAAAUGAUAUUAACAUAGGAGGAAUGUUUGGUGGUAAUGAAGACAAUGAAAAGGCGUUUACUUAUGCCAUAGAGCAAGCAAAUCGAAAUUUGGAAGGAAAAAACAUGAAAGCACUUAUAGAAAAAGAAUCCUUUGAAAACGCGCAGGGUCCUUUUAACUCGAUGAUGAAAAUGUGUCAGUUGCUGAACGAAGGAAUUGUAGCCAUGUUUGGACCCAAGCUGCAAGAAAACAUCGACAUUAUACAAGCGAUGUGCGAUGAAAAGGAAAUUCCUCACAUUCUAACAUGGAAGAAUUAUAGAUCGAUUAGAACAGGAUCAAUUCUAAAUUUUUACCCACAUCCUCCCAUGCUUUCCAAAGCCUACACCGAUAUAAUUUUGAGCUUGGAAUGGAAAACGUUUACUAUUUUGUACGAAGACGAUGAGAGCUUUCUUAGUUUAAUUGAAGUCAUAAGGGAACUUGAAGCCAAUAAUAUUAUCGUUAACGUUAGACAAUUGGAUAAAUACCAAACUGGAAACUAUAGACCAAUAUUAAAGGAAGUAAAAAGUUCCGGACAAACAUAUUUUUUAAUCGACUGCCGCAUCGAACACUUGCCGGAAGUUUUACUCCAAAUGCAACAAGUUGGCCUUAUGACUGGUGAUUAUAAGUUGUUUAUUACGAAUUUGGAUACACACACAGAAGAUUUAACUCCUUUUCAGUAUUCAGAAACCAACAUAACAGGGAUAAGGAUUGUUAAUCCUGAUAGUGAGUAUGUUCAAAAAAUAAGUUCCGAAAUGUACGCCGAAGAUAAAAGCAUCAUGUUUAUGCAAUCGUGGAAAUUAAAAACAGAAUCAGCCUUAAUUAUUGAUGCGGUAAACAUGUUAUCUAAAGCAUUUAUGGAAAUUAACGAGGAAUCAUUAGCUAUAGGAAAUAUUCAAUGCAAUUCCACAGAGAGUUGGGCGUUUGGGUAUAGUUUAAUCAAUCUAGUUAAAACGAGCACUUAUAAUGGCUUGACCGGAUUGAUAAACUUUAACCAUGAGGGGUUUAGAUCCGAUUUUUCUUUGGAAAUUUACGAGUUAAAGGAAGGUGGCAUUCCAAUGAUUGGUACGUGGAAUGCUUCAAGUGGAAUUAAUAUAACUCGACAAGGGAAAAUUGUGGACGAAGACAAUUUGUCUAGUUUGCAUAAUAGAACUUUCAUAGUCAUAACAGCAUUGACGGAUCCUUAUGGUAUGUUAAAAGAAACUCACGAGGUUCUUGUUGGUAACGACAGAUUUGAGGGAUAUGGUAUUGAACUUAUACAUCAAUUGUCUUUAAUGGAAGGAUUUAACUACACUUUCAUUAUAAGGGAAGACAAGAAGAACGGAAAACAGGAUGAGUUAACCGGAAAAUGGUCUGGUAUGAUAGGAGAUCUUAUAGAACAUAGAGCAGAUUUGGCAAUCACCGAUCUUACGAUAACUUCAGAUAGAGCUGAGGCCGUCGAUUUUACUACACCCUUUAUGAAUUUGGGCAUCAGUAUUUUAUUUAGAAAACCGGGAAAAGCUCCGCCCAGCUUUUUCUCAUUUGCAGACCCAUUUGCAAUUGAAACAUGGGCCGCUUUGGCUAUGGCCUAUUUUGUAGUAUCCAUAUCUCUUUACGCUAUGGGACGUUUAAGCGUGGACGAAUGGACCAAUCCGUAUCCAUGUAUCGAAGAACCGGAGUAUCUUAUUAAUCAGUGGAGUUUCGCUAACUCCUUUUGGUUUGCCACUGGCGGUCUUAUGCAGCAGGGUUCCGAAAUUGCACCGAUAGGUCUUUCUACAAGAAUGACUGCAGGCGUAUGGUGGUUUUUUAUUUUAAUUAUGGUUUCGUCUUAUACAGCAAACUUAGCUGCAUUUUUAGCUACUGAAAAUCCAAUUAAUUUGUUUACAGACGUGGCAAGUUUAGUUGAAAAUGCGGAGAAAUUUAAAAUCCGAUAUGGAUCCAAAUCUGGGGGAGCUACCGAAAUAUUUUUUAGGGAGUCUACAAAUCCCCUAUACAAAAAAAUUUAUCAGCAUAUGAAGGAACAUUCGGAAGACAUGCCCCUGGAAAAUAAUUAUGGAGUCGAUUUGGCAGAAAAGGAACAAUAUGCAUUUUUCAUGGAAUCCACUAGCAUUAAUUAUGUAACACAGAGACAUUGCGAUUUACAAAUGUACGGAAACCUUUUGGACGACAAAGGAUAUGGAAUUGCUAUGAGAAAAAAUUCGCCAUACAGACAACAACUUUCAACGGCUAUUUUAAAACUGCAAGCAUCCGGUGAAUUGGAUAAUUUAAGAAGAAAAUGGUGGGAAGAACGACGCGGGGGUGGACAAUGCGAAAGCGAAGGUGAGUCAGCCGACGCUACACCUUUAGGACUCCAGAAUGUGGAAGGAGUGUUUUAUGUGACCAUUUAUGGAGCUAUAUGCGCGGUCUUCAUUGUAAUGAUAGAACAUUUAAUCUACGUAAUUAAAGUUAGCAGAAAAACUAAAAUAUCGUUUAAGGAAACAUUUAAAUUGGAGUUAAAAAGCUACUUAAACUUCGAAAGUAACGUGAAACCCGUUCUAAGCAGAGAGGAUUCAAAGGAAGGAUCUAAAUCUAAAAGUGAGGAAGAAGGAAAAAGUGAAAAAUCCACCAAAAGCGAAAAAAAUCCUGUGCCAUACGGUUUUAAUAUCCCAUCAAAAGAAUCUCCAACUAAAUCGAAUAGUAACAGUACUUCUAAAUUAUUUAAGUCAAAAAAUGAAAACUCGAGUCAUAGUUCUUAAUUUACUAUAAGUACCACCUAAGUUGGUUUAAAUUAUUAUUAUAUAUGUUUUUAAAUAAUUAAUAUUAAUC